UUCAGCUUCGUCCGCAGCUCACGAGGACCUGAACCAGGAGUCAACAGGUCGCCUCUGAGACUCGGAUCAGCGACGGAUUUCAGGGAUUUCCACGUGCGUAAUUACGCAUAAACUGGCAACUUUAGGAGUAAAAAGAUGUGGGGACAGCGCGUGCAUUUGACGUGAAUUUAAAACCAGCUCUCCAUCACUUUAAAAAGAAAAGAAAAGGCACCAUGGAGAACCAUAACCUGCGUCCAUUCUGCGCACUUUUCAUGAGCGAUAACUCUCAAGAGGUCUCCGCGCAAAGAACUUUCCACUCUUCUAACGACUCUUAGGAUAUGCUGCGUGUUAUUGAACUGCCCUUCUGAGAGACGUGUUCCAGUCAGAGUCAGACAUGCAGAGCCGCGGUGUGGUGAGAAGCUGUUCCGGUUUGUCCACGGUGCGCUCCUGCUUACUGCUGCUCAUCAUCCACAUCAGCGCUCCGGUGGAGGCGCGGAGGGUCCACGGUGGUCGGGCGCACAGCCGCCGGGUGCAGCAGCAGCAGCAGCCGCAGCAGCAGCAGCCGACUCCGGCGCACAGGGAGCGGGGGGAAGGAGCGGAGAGCUUCCCGUUAGACUUUACAGCCGUGGAGGGCAACAUGGACAACUUCAUGGUGCAGAUCAAGAACCUGGCGCAGUCUCUGUACCCGUGCUCUGCGCAGAAGCUGGACCAGGACAUGAAGCUGCACUUUUUGAACAAUGUAUCUGUGACUUGCAAUGACGGGUCAGCAGCAGGGUACUACAUCAAGGAGUCUAAAGGCAGCAAGAGGUGGCUGCUGUUCUUAGAAGGUGGAUGGUACUGCUUCAACAAGCAGACCUGUGACAGCCGCUAUGAGACCAUGAGGAGACUGAUGAGCUCCACCAAGUGGCCACAAACCAGAACAGGAACAGGAAUCCUGUCUCCUCAGCCUGAAGAGAAUCCUCACUGGUGGAACGCCAACAUGGUCUUCAUCCCGUACUGCUCCAGUGACGUGUGGAGCGGAGCCACAGCGAAGACAGAUCAAAGUGAUUAUGCGUUCAUGGGCUCUCUGAUCAUUAAGGAGGUGGUGAACGAGCUGCUGACCAAAGGUCUGGACAACGCCAAGGUGCUGCUGCUGGCAGGAAGCAGUGCGGGCGGUACAGGCGUCCUGCUGAACGUGGACCAGGUUGCAGAGCAGCUGCAGUCUCAGGGCCACAGAGGGGUUCAGGUCCGGGGCCUGGUGGACUCUGGAUGGUUCCUGGACAACAAACAGUACAAAUACACAGACUGCCUGGAUACCAUCAGCUGUGCUCCCACUGAGGCCAUAAAGAGAGGCAUCAGGUACUGGGGCGGUUUGGUGCCAGAGAGCUGCAGACAGGCUCACGUUGGAGAAGAGUGGAACUGUUUCUUUGGAUAUAGAGUUUUCCCCACAUUAACGAGUGCGGUGUUUGUGGUGCAGUGGCUGUUUGACGAGGCCCAGCUGACGGUCGACAACAUCCACCUGACCGGGCAGCCGGUCCACGAGGCCCAGUGGAGGUACAUCCAGAACCUGGGCCAGGAGCUGAGGAGCACGCUGCGGGACGUACCGGCGAUGUUUGCUCCGGCUUGUCUGUCCCAUGAACUCAUUACUAGAACCGACUGGAUGGACAUCCAGGUGAAGGGCACGUCCCUGCCCAGAGCGCUGCACUGCUGGGACCGCAGCCUCCAGAACAACAACCACAUCAACAGCAGCAACGACAGCCAGCCGAAGCACCGGCCCUCCCCUGUGAGGGGCUGCCCCCUGCACCUGAUAGACAGCUGCCCCUGGCCCCACUGUAACCCCUCCUGCCCCACCAUCCGGGACCAGCUGACGGGGCAGGAGAUGAGCGUGAUCCAGUUCCUGAAGCACAUGGGCUUUGACGUGCAGAAGAUGGCCCAGCAGCAGGGCAUGGACCCCAGGAAGCUACUGGGCAUGCUCAAUAACGGGAGCUGAGCUGCUGUUCUUUGAAGGGAUGGUUCACAGCAAAAACAAAAUAACAUAUUUGUCCUUUUCCUGGUCGUGUCAUUUAUAAGUCUAGAUU